CAACUUCCGGCCCGGCCGCUUCGGGCUCCCGGGUCCGGCGUCCGCGAGGCGCACCUGCCCCGAGUCCGAGCCGAACCUCUUGAGACCCAGGCAUGGAAGUCUCAGUGUUGCUGUGAAAAGCAGGCUGGUCAAAUUCCUUUACAGUCUUCCCUCCACCUGCCAUUUCACCCACCUCCUUGGGAUGAGCUAAGAGAUCCAAUGAUGGCCGUCAAGCAGCUCCUUCCUGCUGGGUCCCAGGUUUUGGUUUCCUUUGAAGACGUGGCUGUGCUACUCUCCCGGGAGGAGUGGGGCCGUCUGGGCCCUGCUCAAAGGGGCCUCUACAGUGAUGUGAUGCUGGAGACCUACAGGAACCUGAUCUCACUGGGACUUCAAGGUUCGAAACCUGAUGUCAUCUCCAGGCUAGAGAAGGGGGAAGAGCCAUGGGCCCCAUACUCAGCGAAAAUUGAGGAGAGCUGGAUCCGGAGUCAUGAGAGUGAAAGUUUUCAGUCUCUGAUGGAAAAGAAAGGAUUGACUCCAAAACAGGAAAUUUCCAAAGCAAUGGGGUUCCGGAGAGCAAAGUCAGAAUAUGUAAGGAAUGUUUCCAAGGAAUCUGAGUUUGAAGAGAUGAAUAAAACCAAGGGAAAGUUAAAGAAUUACAGGAAAAAAUCUGCAGAGGAAGAACUUAAGAAAUCCUUCUCCCAGAAGAACAGUUCCAGGCCAGUGACGUUGACACAUGUGAAAUCCCCUGUUUCAGGAAAAGGCCAAAAAUCCAGUUCUCUGGAGGUAGACUACACUGUAGAUGCAAGCCCUGUCAGAUUUCAUAGAGCAUCUACAGGGGGUAGUCUCCACCAGAAUGUGCCAUGUGUAAAUGACUUUCAACAAAGUCAGGACCUCAUUAAUCUCCAGUGUUUGCAUCUAGGAGAAAGAGCUUGUCAGACAGAUCUGUUCAUGAAAGCACCCAGGCAGAGUUCAGUUCUCAGUGAGAAUCAGAGGGUUAACAAUCCAGAAAAAUCCUUUGAAUGUACUGAGUGUAGAAGACUUUUCAGCCCAAGCAAAGCUCUGUCUCAGCAUCAGAGAAGUCACACUGGAGAGAUACCCUGUGAGAGUGGUGGAUGUGGAAGAACUUCCCACCACUGCUCUGUCCUCAGCCAACAUCAGGAAGUUCACCAUGGAGGGGAGUCCCAUACCUGUGCUGAGUGUGGCAAAGCUUUCAAGGCCCAUUCCUACUUCAUUCAGCAGCAUAACACUCACACAGGAGAAAGGCCUUAUGAGUGCAGUGAGUGUGCACAUUUAUCUUACAGUCAACAUCUUCAAAUUCAUAGUGGGCAGAAACCUCAUGAGUGUAGUCAGUGUGGAAAAGCCUUUAGUCAUAGUUCUAACCUGUUUCAUCAUCAGAGAAUUCAUAGUGGAGAGAAACCAUACGAGUGUAAGGAAUGUGGGAAGGCGUUCGGUAGGCACUCGCACCUCCUUCAGCAUAAGAGAAUUCAUUCUGGAGAGAAACCUUAUGACUGUACUGAGUGCGGCAAAGCCUUCAGUGCACGGUUAUCUCUCAUUCAGCAUCAGAGAACUCAUACAGGAGAAAAACCCUAUGAAUGCAAUGAAUGUGGGAAAUCCUUUAGCCUGAACCGAACCCUUAUUGUUCAUCAGAGGAUUCACACUGGAGAGAAACCCUAUAGGUGUAAUGAAUGUGGGAAAUCCUUCAGUCAGCGUGCACAAGUCAUUCAGCACAAGAGAAUUCACACUGGAGAGAAGCCCUAUGUCUGCAAUGAGUGUGGAAAGUCAUUCAGUGCUCGCUUGUCCCUCAUCCAGCAUCAGAGAAUUCACACUGGAGAAAAACCUUAUGGAUGCAGUGAGUGUGGGAAAACGUUCAGUCAAAAGGGACAUCUGAUUCAGCAUCAACGAAUUCACACUGGAGAGAAACCCUAUGAGUGUAAUGAGUGUGGAAAAGCCUUCAGCCAGAGUUUUAAUCUUAUUCAUCAUCAAAGGACACACAAUGGUGAGAAGCCCUAUGAAUGUAAUGAAUGUGAUAAAGCCUUCAGUGUGCUCUCUUCCCUUGUUCAACAUCAGAGGGUCCAUAAUGGUGAGAAGCCCUAUGAGUGUCACAAAUGUGGGAAGGCCUUUAGCCAGGGCUCGCACCUCAUUCAGCAUCAGAGGAGCCACACUGGAGAGAAACCCUAUGAGUGUAAUGAGUGUGGGAAAACCUUUGGGCAGAUAUCCACCCUAAUUAAGCAUGAGAGAACACACAAUGGAGAGAAACCCUAUGAGUGUGGUGACUGUGGGAAAGCCUUCAGCCAGAGUGCACACCUCGUCCGCCAUCGAAGGAUUCACACUGGAGAGAAUCCCUAUGAGUGCAGUGACUGUGGGAAAGCCUUCAAUGUCCGUUCCUCUCUUGUUCAGCAUCACAGAAUUCAUACAGGGGAGAAGCCUUAUGAAUGCGAGAAGUGUGGCAAGGCCUUCAGUCAGCAUUCACAAUUUAUUCAGCAUCAGAGGAUUCACACUGGAGAGAAGCCCUAUAUUUGCAAUGAAUGUGAGAAAGCCUUCAGUGCACGUUUAUCCCUUAUCCAACACAAGAGAAUUCACACAGGGGAGAAACCUUACAAAUGCACUGAAUGUGGAAAAUCCUUCCGACAAAGCUCUCACCUUAUUCGACAUCAGAGAGUUCACAGUGGAGAGCGACCUUAUAUGUGUAAUGAAUGUGGGAAAACUUUUAGCCAGAGAAUAACUCUUACUAGUCAUGAGAAAACUCACACCAGAGAGCAAGCCUAUAAGUGUGUUAAACGUGAGGACCUCUUAACUGCACAGUCAGCUUCCAUUCAGCACCAUAAAGUUCACAAUGGAGAAUAACAUCUUUAUUCAAUAAAGUCUUCACUAUUUUACAUCAGGAGCAGUAUACUGAUGGGAAGCCAUCACUUUUACAGCUUUCAUUUUGGAGAUUUAUCUCUUAAGUGAUUUAACAGUCUCCCAGUGCACUGUUAACUAAAAGCAAGAUGCCAAAAUAUGUGGCAAAAAUUCCAAGGUCACAUGCCAUCCCUUAGAUUCAGAGGGUGGAUCUAUGCUUGAGUAUUUUAAAGGAUCACAAUUUAAUUACACUUACUCAAGAUUGUGUUUUCAUAGCACCAGACUUUAA